GCAGGCAGUACCCAGUAGCCCUGGCAGGUCCCCUGGGUGCACGUGGAGGAGCUGGGAGUGCUGCCAUGGGGCUUCGGCUGCGCAGGAGUGCCAGCUUCACCCCCGAGCACCCGGCCCUCCUGGAGCUGCCCAGCCCUGUUGCCCUGAGAGCAGAAGCCAAUGUGCUGGUAAUGGGAGCAGACAGCGUGGGGAAAUCAGCCCUGACUGUACGUUUCCUUACGAGGCGCUUUAUCGGAGAGUACGGAGACAUGGAAUUCAUCUACAGCCACACGUUGACCGUGGAUGGCCGAGAGGUUCUCUUCCACAUCUGGGAUGUCCCCAGCUCACAGGCUGAUGAUGGUUCCUCGGAGGAGAAACGAAUCCAGUGGGCAGACUGCUUCAUCCUGGUCUACAGCAUCUGCGACCGCGCCAGCUUCAACCUCCUGCCCCUCAAAGUGCAGUUCAUUAGGGCGGCCAAGGAGGGGCAGGAGCAGGUGCCCAUCGUCAUCGUGGGCAACAAGCGGGACCUGCAGCACCGGCGGGCUGUCUCCAGCGAGGAGGGACGGCUCCUGGCCCUGUCUCUGGACUGUGGUUUCUAUGAGGUCUCUGCGGCCGAGGCCUACCAUGGGGCUCUCAUGGUGUUCCAUGGACUGGCUGAGCGCAUCCCCGACACCAGGCUGAAAAGAGGUGCUGGCAUCCGAGGCAUCGUCAGGACUGUGUCAGCAGUGUUUGCCCGUAAGCGGACGGACUCGCUCUGAGCAGCGUCUUUGUUUCUUGUUGUGUAGCUGGAUGAGGCCUCCUGUGUUCUGUGCAGAUUGGAUGUGUCCCAGGAGCACGGCAGGUUCUCCAAACCCCAGGAUCUGGGUCUCUGGCUGUAUGUGACCAGCAAGGCAAGGGCCUUCCUCUGCUCAGCCCUCAGCUCUUGGCUCUGUUGUUGCCUGCAGCAUCCCCAGCUCCUUCUGUGGGCUAGCAGGGAGGACAUGCAGCUAUGUCCUGCUCCGUGUCCCUGUUGGCACCCUGGCAUCCUGGCCGUGCCAGUACUGAGCCUGGAGGACAGCAGGCAGAGUCCUUCACCCUCCAUCCCAUUGCAUCUCAUCCUCUCCCACCCCAUCUCAUCCUAUGUGACUCUAAGCAGCGCUGUGCUGCUGACCUCCCUCCUGCAGCCUUUUGGUGACAGCCCAGGCUCAGCAUGGGAAAGUCAGGCACUGGGCUUUUUCCCAGGGUGUGGGACUGUACCGUGUGUCUCAUAAAUGCAGACCUCUGAGCCUGCCUGUCCCUGGGGAGGAAGGGGAGGGAGGAGGGGGGCAGGGAGGCCUUUCCCCUUCUCUGCUGUUCCUGGGAAUGCAGUGUGUAGGAAGGAGGUUGUGUAUGUGCAGUGCAGACAGAGAUUGCUCUGCACUGUUCUGCGAAUGGAAUAAAUCUU